AGAUACAUUAUAUUUGGCGACGAGUUUAUUUUAAUGCUAAACCCAAACGAAGAAGAAGUGAACACAGAAGAAAUCUCGAUGGCCACAACUUUGGAUUUAAAACCACCACCUCCGUUUGAUGCAGAGGGUGAUAAUUCCUCGCUAGCCCAACGCUGGAAAGAAUGGCGAGAACGUUUUAAUAUGUAUACAGUAGCUGCCACCAUCAAGGAUGAUGCACAGAAACGCGCAGUGUUAUUGUAUGUAGCUGGCCCGUCGGUUCAUAAAAUAUUCAAAACACUACAAGACACCGGGACAGAUUUCAAAACAGCUCUAGAGAAGCUCGACGAAUAUUUUCAGCCACAAAAGAACGUAAUAUAUGAACGCUAUGUGUUUAAACAGACACAUCCAACGCCUGGAGAAUCGGUAGAUAGCUACAUAACUCGUCUACGUACACUACCCGAAACGUGUGAAUUCGAAAGCGCCGAGAAUGAAAUGCGCGAUCAGUUUGUUAUGACAUGCUCGUCUCAUGGAUUUCGUACGAAGCUUUUACGCGAGACAGAUCUGACAUUGGCUAAGCUUAUUACCAUGGCGCGAGCGAAGGAAUUAGCAGAAAAACAAGCGUCGAAUAUCUCGGGACACAAUAACUCUCGGAACAAUGUUAAUCAUGUAAAAGACGAGGGAAAUGACGAAGCUAAAGACAAGGUAAGACAUGCUAAAUAUGUACCAAAACCACACAAACAAAAUCAAUGCCGAAAUUGUGGAAAUGAAUUUAAACAAGGGCAUAAAGAUGUCUGUCCUGCGAAGGGCAAAACCUGUAGAGCUUGUGGAAAGCUCAAUCAUUUCCCUAGAGUUUGUCGAAGUCGAAAAAAUCCCCCGAAAGAUAGUAAGAAAGAUUCGAGAAAGUCUGUUAGAGUUGCACAACAACAACAAACCCAAAAACAAAGCCCUCCUAAUUCGUCCGACGAUGAGUAUAUUUUUGCUGUUUCAUCAUCAAAAAUAACUAACAUUCAAAUACAGAUCAAUGGGACCCCUAUCGCUGUGACUAUCGAUUCAGGAGCGACGACAAAUAUUCUUGAUAGUGAAGCAUUCGCUUGUAUUAGGAAAAGAAAUAAACAUGUACAAUUAGAGCCAACACAAACAAAUAUAUAUGCAUAUAAUGCCGUUCAGCCCUUGCCAUUGCUCGGAAAGUGUCGUUUAGCGGUUGAAUCGAAUGGAAAGCGUACAAUAUCGACGUUUUAUGUUGUCAACGGCAAAGCGGAAUCACUUCUCGGUAAUGAAACAGCCGCAGAUUUAUGUAUUUUAAAAAUAAAAGUUAACGAAGUCUCUAAAUUUCAUAGCAUGAAAACAACCGGAAGUCGAGGUAGGAAUGAAAUCUACACCGGAAGCCACUCAAACGGAAGUGACGCGAACAGUCAAAGUGACUCCGGAAAUCGAGAAAUAAGGGACAGAAAUAGCAUGAAAAACAUUGACAUUAAUACACAGAAAAUUUUAGAUAAAUUUCCAGAACUCUCUGACGGAAUAGGAUGUUUGCAAAAUUAUGAACAGUCAUUGCAUGUUGAUCGUACAGUUUCCCCUAUUGCACAGCGCCCUCGGAGAGUUCCUUUCCAUUUACGAAAGCAAGUUUCAGAUAAACUAGAAGAAUUACAAAGUCUCGAUAUUAUUGAACCUGCCGAAGGACCUACUUCAUGGGUAUCACCCAUAGUAGCUGCUCCCAAACCACACAAUUCAGAUGAAAUCAGAUUAUGCGGAGAUUACCGUAGACCAAAUCAGGCAUUGUUAAGGGAGAGACAUCCAAUCCCAAUAGUUGAUGAGUUAAUGGAAGAAAUGUCUGGUGCUGUCGUGUUUUCUAAGCUAGACCUCAAAGCAGGAUACCAUCAGAUAGUCCUAGAAUAGAACUCGCGUAACAUUACCACUUUUUGCACACACAAGGGGUUGUUUCGGUAUAAACGCCUGCCAUUUGGUCUGUCAUGUGCUUCAGAAGUAUUCCAAAAUGCAAUACAGCAAGCGCUCCAAGGUCUACACGGGGUACGAAAUAUCGCAGACGAUAUUAUUGUAUGGGGUAAAACCCGAACCCAGCAUGACAAGAAUUUAGAAGCACUGUUACAGCGAUUAGUUGUCAAGAAACUUACAUUAAACCUGGAGAAAUGCAAGUUUAAUCAACCGUCACUUUGGUUCUAUGGCUACAUUCUGUCAAAGGACGGACUGUCAGCAGAUCCAAAGAAAGUCGAGGCAAUUAAAAAUUUCAAAACACCAGCAGAUGUCAGUCAACUACGCAGUUUCUUAGGUCUGGCCAAUUACUGUUCACGAUUUAUUAAGGACUUCUGCACUCUAACAGCCCCUCUACGUGAAUUAACAACCAAAUCGUGCAAAUGGUCUUGGUCAACUAUGCAUGAGAAAGCUUUCACCAAAGUUAAAAAUGCUAUUGCUUCGGACUGUACGAUGGCAUUUUAUGAUCCAAAUCGACCUACAAAAUUGACAGUGGAUGCAAGUCCUGUCGGACUUGGUGCAGUAUUAGCCCAAACACAAGAAAAUGGGCAAGAUCGCUGCAUAGCGUAUGCUAGUCGUUCCCUAACGCCUGUGGAAGCUCGCUACUCGCAGACCGAAAAAGAAGCACUGGCUGCCGUGUGGGGUUGUGAACAUUUUCAUCUUUACCUUGUUGGAACACAGUUUGUCCUCAUCACUGACCACAAACCAUUGGAAGUCAUUUACAGCCCAAAAUCCAAACCGCCACUCCGGAUAGAACGUUGGUUACUACGAUUGCAACAAUACAAGUUUAAUAUCAAGUAUCGACCAGGUAGCAGCAACCCAGCUGACGUGUUGUCUCGACAACCUUUAUUCACCAACUACAAGUCAAGUACCAUAGCGGAGAAAUAUGUCAAUUUCAUCCAAAGUCACUCGGUUCCUAAAUCUCUCACGCUCGAUGAGAUUCGUAUCGCAACGUUAAAUGAUCCUGAACUGCAGAGAGUAACUAGCGCAGUAAAGGAAGAUCGAUGGAACAAAACAGAUAGUUGUUUAAACCCAUAUCGUAAUCAGCACGAACAGUUGACAGUUUCGCAAUGUGGAGUUAUACUACGAAAUUCACAGAUCGUUAUCCCAAAGAGUCUCCGUAGUCGUGUCCUGUCUAUCGCUCAUGAAGGACAUCAAGGGAUAGUUAAAACUAAAAUGCUUGUACGCAGUAAAGUAUGGUGGCCUGGUAUUGACAAGCAAGUGGAGCAAAUGGUUAAAGAAUGUGUACCCUGCCAAGCAGCAGUACACCAGUCACCAAAAUGUCAACCACCCCUGAAUAUGACAAAGUUACCUCCACAUCCUUGGCACACACUUAAUGCAGAUUUCUGUGGUCCAUUCCCAAAUGGCGAGAAAUUGUUGGUCGUGAUUGACGCCUAUUCCAGAUAUCCAGAAGUUGAAGUGAUGCAAAGCACGACAACCACGGUUGUGAUCUCCAAACUCCAAAGAAUCUUUGCCCGACAUGGAUAUCCCGAAGAAUUGAUAACCGAUAACGGACCCCCGUUCAAUGCGGUUGAGUUCACCGAAUAUCUAGCUGCACAUGGAGUCCAUCACCGCCGAAUCACACCUUAUUGGCCUCAAGCCAACGGUGAGGCAGAGCGAUUCAUGAAAACAGUAACAAAAGCAAUCCGUACUGCUCAUUCGGAAGGAAAAAGAUGGCAAAGUGAAUUAGAUCUUUUUCUUCUCAACUACAGAUCCACACCUCAUUCUACGACACACAUUAGUCCAGCUGAACUUUUGUUCAAUCGCUCAAUUAGAAAUAAGCUUCCUAGUUUCUCAUCCCUACAACACAAUGAUGGCCCUGUGGAACACCACGUUGUUCGAGAUAAGGAGGAAAAGGAGAAAAUGAAAGUCCAUGCAGAUAGAAGAAACAACGCGAAAGAAAGUCAGUUGAAAGUUGGUGAUUACGUGCUAAUGCAAGUCCCGAAGGACAAUAAGUUAUCAAUGCCUUUCAAUCCAAAACCAUUUAAAGUGAUUGAAAUCAAAGGCAACAUGGUAACAGCUCGUAAUACAGAGCGCACCGUAACCCGGAAUGUAUCGUGUUUCAAAUGUCUCACAAAUUACAAGAACGCAAGUGAGGAAGACCAGAAUGAUGAAGAAGACGAUUUUGACGACGGCAUAGUAGAAAACCAACAACCAACAAUAGUUGAAGAGCAACAACAAGAUCUACCAGAUCUACAACGAAGGUAUUGUCUUAGACAAAAUCGAAGACCACCGGACUUUUAUAGAAGUUAG